CGCGAGACUCUCUGUCUGAAAGACCCCGAGAACAAUUACACGACUCAAUCAAGAAGACCUGCGGGAGCUGAGCAAAGUCUACUGCGUCAUCCCAAAGGAAAUCUGACAGACGAUGUAGAAACGGGUCCAUCUUCAAGCGAAUCGUGCGUCGGGUUGGCGUCUCCGAUAGCAACACCGAUACGUUCUUUGACUGGGAAGAAGGGAAGAUCAAGGGUUUCUGGAAACUAUCCAACCACGCCAUAAUCAGGAAUAAGAGCCACAUCCCUCGCAUGGCUGAUGAGUACUGCAAACUUAUCGAGGCUGUCAGCAGAAUCCACGACGAUCGCCCGUCAAUACACAUCAGGCCUCAUGAUGAUACUACUACAUGUGGGACCAAGAGCAACGUCCUCCUCUACGGCCGCCACGGUGACAUCAAACCCUCGAACGUGUUAUGGGCAGAGUCCACCCAACGCCUAGUGCUUCCUGAUUUUGGGCUCUCCGCACUUCAGAGCACGCUAUCCAAAGAAGAGCAAUCGGGGCUACAAAAGUUUCAAAUGAUGACCUACCGGGCGCCCGAGUUCGACGUCAAGGAGGGCAUUGCCUCACGUUGUUCCGACGUCUAUGGCAUGGCCUGCCUGUUCCUGGAGCACAUUACCUUGUUCCUCAUGGGCGAGGACGGAGUUAGGGAGUUUACAUCGGCAAGACUUGCCGAAGACCAAAAGCUUGGCUGGAAGAAGGCCGAUGUCUUUUAUACGGUCUCCGAGGACCUGCAGACCGCGACACUAAAGAAAGAGGUGAAGGACUGGAUCGAACAGCUUCGACGGCAACCAGACUGCAGCAGGUAUAUUUGGCGUCUCCUUCGCCUCAUCGAGACCAGGAUGCUCGAACCCGAUCCCGCAAAUCGGAUAACGGCGAAGGAGCUGGUGGCAGAGCAACAGACACUCCAGCAUCUUACUGCGCUGUCGGAUUCCUUCUAUCAGAAACACUGGACGGAAACUGAGCAUCACAGGGACUAAGAUUGACUACCCGACACAUCCUGGUUUUGUGGUCAUUCUGUCAUAUGACACUCCCGGGCGAGACCUAGCUUUACGUAUGGGCGCUACAAUUGGUCUUGAAAUAUCAGGUUGGGGGAAGUGCCAGGAAGUGCAUCUCUCUUCUCUCUUCCCUCCUUUUUCUUCUGGGCUCUGUCAU